ACUUAUUCGCUGACCUUGACUGGCGAUGGACGGGUCACUGUUUAGUUCUGGUAGUUUCCUGCGUUGGGGCGACGACUUCACGCCGCUGAAUGAUUCUAUGUCUGCUGAAAAUGCCUUCACUGGUGUCUUGGAGGAGUCAAUCAACCAAGGAUUGUCUUUCUUGCCUCUCAACGGGAUCUCCAGGCCAGUAGGUCCGUUAGAAACUCGCUAGCCUGAAGCAUUAACAGCAGGUGCCUACAACGCCCACUGUGCUUAUAAUUUGCCAUUGCCUUCAGUCUCUUCCUCGGACAGCUAUCAUUGGGGUAUUCAUAGUCGUGGGGAAAUCAAAGAUCUUGCGGAAAGACUUCUCGGUGAUAUUUCCUGCAGCUGACACUGGACCAUCGCUUUUUCC